GGCGCAGGUGUAUCCCCGCCCUCGCUCCGCCCUGUGCUUCCGGGUUCCCAGCUGAGUGGUAACCCAUCCGAGAAGACCUAGGCACAGGUCUAAGCGGGCGACCAAGAGAGAGGCGGAGAUGUCACUUGUGGGGAGCUACCAGCCAACUAGGGAACUGAAUGCUCACUGCACUUUUCAGGUGAGUUACAAGGACCGAUGAAAGCACCCCCAAGCUGCGGGACAGAAGGACAGACAGCCUUGCCAGUUUCAAGUUCCACUGAGAAGCACAUUCACUUGGUCUGCGUCUUCACCUGGUGAGAGGAAGCCUAGUUACCACACAUCUGUGCUUCUGAGGUGCUGUCCCUCCUUUGCUGAGAUCCAUGCAGAGGGGAGCAGAGAUGGGCAGCAGUGAGCCCCUUCCUAUCUCUGAAAGUGGCACCAGGAAAAAGAAGAAGCGGAAGACCCGAGCCACCGACUCCUUGCCCGAGAGGUUUGAAGAUUUGUACAGACUGACCUCGGAGCUGCUCGGAGAAGGCGCCUAUGCCAAAGUUCAAGGUGCUGUGAGUCUGCAGAAUGGCAAAGAAUAUGCAGUAAAGAUCAUCGAGAAACAAGCCGGGCAUAGUCGGAGCAGAGUGUUCCGUGAGGUAGAGACAUUGUAUCAGUGCCAAGGCAACAAGAACAUUUUGGAGCUGAUCGAAUUUUUUGAAGACGAUGCGAGAUUUUACCUGGUCUUCGAGAAACUGCAAGGAGGUUCUAUUUUGACCCACAUCCAGAAACGAAAGCAUUUCAAUGAGCGGGAAGCCAGCCGUGUGGUCCGGGAUGUUGCCUCUGCGCUGGACUUCUUGCAUACGAAGGGCAUCGCUCACCGGGAUCUGAAGCCAGAGAACAUCCUGUGUGAAUCUCCCUCAGAGGUGUCCCCAGUGAAGAUCUGUGACUUUGACUUGGGAAGUGGGGUGAAGCUGAACAACUCCUGUACCCCCAUCACCACGCCAGAGCUGACCACACCGUGCGGCUCGGCCGAGUACAUGGCGCCAGAAGUGGUCGAGGUGUUCACCGAGGAGGCCACUUUCUAUGACAAGCGCUGUGACCUUUGGAGCCUCGGCGUGGUCCUCUACAUCAUGCUCAGCGGCUACCCGCCCUUCGUGGGUCACUGUGGCACCGACUGCGGCUGGGAUCGCGGAGAGGUCUGCCAUGUGUGCCAGGACAGGCUGUUUGAGAGUAUCCAGGAGGGGAAAUAUGAGUUUCCCGAGAAGGACUGGGCUCACAUAUCGCCGGAGGCCAAAGACCUCAUCUCCAGGCUCCUUGUGCGUGAUGCCAAGCAGAGGCUCAGCGCUGCCCAGGUCCUGCAGCACCCCUGGGUGCAGGGGCAGGCUCCAGAGAGGGGACUGCCCACGCCACAGGUACUUCAGAGGAAUGGCAGCACCAAAGACCUGACACUCUUUGCAGCCGAGGCCAUUGCCCUGAACCGUCAGCUCUCCCAGCACGAGGAGGAGGAGCUGGGGGAGGAUCAGGAGGCCCUGAGCGAAGGCCUGUGCUCCAUGAGGCUUUCUCCGCCCUCUAAGUCUCAGCUGGCACAGCGGCGGGCCGAGGCUCACGCCAGCCGCCAGGGGGCGCCCAAGCCGGCCCCUCAGGCCUCGUGAUGGUGGAUCAUUCUCCAGGGCACCGGGCCGCUCACCUCCACUAAUGGCCCGGGUGGGGAGGCCUAGCACCCUUGUGCCACCGGCCUCCUGCUCCCCCGCGUGUCUAUCUGCGGCUCUGCAGUCGCUCACCAUCACGAUCCAUCUCUCCCCCUGCUUCCCCCUCCUGGUAAUUCUGCUCUUCCCCAGGGGGCCUUGAGAAUGAAGCUUUCUCCAGGGGGGUUGUCAUGGGAAAAGAUAACAGUCACUUGUCACUUUGACUAAUAGGGUCAUUUCAUCUGGCUUCUGAAUUCAGCGCAAGUACCAGCGCUGCGCCGAGUCAGGUUUGAAAAGUAUUUAGGUGGUCACCGCUGCUCCAUCCACCCACAUCAUGUGCUUCUUUUGAGCCGCUCCCAGGGAGGGCUGGCCACCCUCCCUGCUUCCCCCUGCUCACUGUGGCUGAGUGCGUCAACCCCCCACCCCCCCAAACGCCAACUCAGGAAUGGAAGAAGAGGCAGUGUUCCGAUUUUUCCACUUCAAGAAAUCAGAUUCAUCUUCCCGUUCUCAGCCUGUCCCCGAGCACAUGAAAUGCAUCGGUCUUGUAUUGCUCUGAAGGAAAGGUCCCCAGUGCAUCAGCCUCUUCCUCGUCUGUGCUUGCUGCUAAAGUCCAUUUAGAAGGAAGAAAACAAAGUGUUAGCCGAGCUCUCCUGACAAGAAGGGCCUGACGGCCCGCAUCACGGACCUAGAAGCAGCAUGGAGCCGGCCAGUUUAGCUCCCCCAGGACAUAGGGGUUUCGUUUCAGGCUUCCCCCUUUCUCCCAACAAACCUGUUUUAAAGUAUGAUUUGAGAAGUUCUUAGCCGGGGGAAGGUGGCGGCCUGUGGUGCUUGGGGCUGGCGACGGUCAGGCCAAUGAGGAAUGAGGAGCAGCCGGCUUCCCCCAGGAGGUUGGUAUCAGCCUUCUGGAAGUCCUGAGGUGCCAACGUGUUUUUAUGUAUUGAGCUGUAUGGACAACUAGCAUUAAGAAAUAUGAACAUGCCUAUCUAAGACUUCUAUACACUGUGACAGUGGUGUUUUGAGCUAUAGUUUUAAUAAAUUUAUUUUAAUUA